CCUUUUCCCGUUCUCAGCGGCAAUCUCGUGAUUCGAGCGCCAGAAAACCCUCCGUCGAUUCCGUUCGCCUGUGACCAUCCUCAGUGGCAAUCUUGUAAUACGAUGGCCAUCAACCCUAGGUUGAUUCCGUUCGCGCACCUAUAUAACCCCGAGAUACCGGCGACGCCCGGUCUCCUCUGUCGUCACAUCGCGUCGCAACUCGAGCCCUUCGAAGAUGUCGAAGCGAGGGCGCGGAGGAACGGCGGGGAACAAGUUCCGGAUGUCGCUGGGUCUGCCGGUGGCAGCGACGGUUAACUGUGCCGAUAACACGGGGGCGAAGAACCUUUACAUCAUCUCCGUGAAGGGGAUCAAGGGCCGUCUUAACCGCCUUCCCUCCGCUUGCGUCGGGGAUAUGGUCAUGGCCACCGUAAAAAAGGGCAAGCCCGACCUGCGGAAGAAGGUCAUGCCCGCCGUCAUCGUCCGCCAACGCAAGCCAUGGCGCCGAAAGGACGGCGUCUACAUGUAUUUUGAAGAUAAUGCUGGAGUGAUUGUUAAUCCCAAAGGUGAAAUGAAAGGAUCUGCUAUCACUGGACCCAUCGGGAAGGAAUGUGCAGAUCUGUGGCCGAGGAUUGCCAGUGCAGCAAAUGCUAUCGUGUAACAUGAUGAUGCUUAAGAUCAACAGCUGAGGUUUUGGAUUAUGAUUAUAUGUUUCAAGAGAUAGGUAUCAUGUUGUCUUAUUUGGUUACUGGUUAGCUGAUGUUUACUAGGUGUUCAACUUUAUGGAUCUGAUGUUCAGCUGUUGCUGGAGACAUUUUAAUUCUACUUGAUCUAUUUAUGAUGUGCUUCAGAAAGAAACUGAGAAAUUAUUGAUGUUCUAAUCUUA